GGGGGCGCUCGAGGGGGCGCGGCCCCUCUCUCCUCGGUGUCGCGGCGCCUGCGCAGCGAGGCGGCGGCGGCCGGGCGCACGCGGCGGCACGAGCGGGGCCAGCGCGGGACUGCGGGGCGCGAGCGCAGCGCGGGACCCCCCGGGCCGCAGCCAGAAUGCCGGGACUAAGCUGUAGAUUCUACCAACAUAAAUUCCCCGAGGUGGAAGAUGUCGUGAUGGUCAACGUUCGGUCCAUUGCUGAAAUGGGAGCCUAUGUCAGCCUGCUGGAGUACAACAACAUCGAAGGCAUGAUCCUCCUCAGUGAGCUGUCCAGGAGACGCAUCCGCUCCAUAAACAAACUCAUCCGCAUCGGCAGGAACGAAUGCGUCGUGGUCAUAAGAGUUGACAAAGAGAAAGGUUAUAUUGAUUUGUCAAAAAGAAGAGUUUCUCCAGAGGAGGCAAUCAAAUGUGAAGACAAAUUCACAAAAUCAAAGACUGUUUACAGCAUCCUUCGCCAUGUUGCUGAAGUCUUGGAGUACACUAAGGAUGAGCAGCUGGAGAGCCUGUUCCAGAGAACUGCCUGGGUGUUUGAUGACAAGUACAAAAGACCUGGAUACGGUGCUUAUGAUGCCUUCAAGCAUGCAGUCUCAGACCCUGCCAUCCUGGAUAGCCUGGAUCUGACCGAGGAAGAGAGGCGUGUAUUGAUUGACAAUAUUAACAGACGUCUGACACCACAGGCAGUCAAAAUCCGAGCUGAUAUUGAGGUGGCCUGUUAUGGUUAUGAAGGCAUAGAUGCAGUAAAAGAAGCUUUGAGAGCAGGCUUGAACUGUUCCACGGAGAACAUGCCCAUCAAAAUUAAUCUGAUAGCCCCUCCUCGUUAUGUGAUGACUACUACAACACUGGAGAGAACUGAAGGACUGUCAGUUCUGAAUCAAGCCAUGGCUGUAAUUAAAGAAAAAAUUGAGGAGAAGAGAGGAGUCUUUAAUGUGCAGAUGGAGCCUAAGGUGGUCACUGACACAGACGAGACAGAGCUUGCAAGGCAGUUGGAAAGACUGGAGAGGGAAAAUGCUGAAGUGGAUGGGGAUGAUGAUGCCGAGGAAAUGGAAGCCAAAACAGAAGACUAAAUGUUCUGGGAUACUUAGAAGAGAGACCAUAUGAAAAAAUUAGAAACCCCAUUACAAACACUCUUGACUAAAUGAUUCCAGUAUUGAAAACUUCAAAAGCAAACGUAUUCCUGUUUUAAAAAGAUGUAAAAGGCUCUUCUAAAUAACAUUUGGUGCAGCAACUUACACAAAUUGAACCCUUUGAAAGGAAGGUGCCUAGUCAAAUUCAAGACACAGAUCUGGCCAGAUGGAGUUUGCAGCCCCAUACUUAACACUUUCAUACAUAACAAUUCCUAAUUGGUGAUUACAGCUCAGUGCAUCUGUUCAUGAUCUUUCCUGGGAGCACCAAAGCCAAGCAAGUGGAACAGUUCUAUACAGAAUGUAUUUGAGCAAGUAUUCAAUAAAUUUCUGGGCUAUGUAACUCCGAGGUUUUGGGUUUUUUCCUGCUCUUUUGUCACAUGACCUAGAGUGGUGUGAAUAUAAAACCUGGAACAGUAUGAUCAAUGGGUGACUUCUCUUUAACAUUGAAAGGGCUUUCUUUUGUUUGCUUUAAAUCAAGCUGAGAAUGAGUGGAACAAAAUGUUUUACAUUAAUGUUUUCCUUGCAAGUUUGUUGGUGCAGACAUGUUUAAAUUAGCAUUUCAUUUUGUUUACCAUCUGCAUUUAGGGACCAAGAACUUGAAAACUUUGAAAAUAGCUUGUUUCCAUUCCAAUAAACAUAGCUAAUAAAUGAAAAACUA